AUGGCCGCCGUCGAGGAGCAGCAGGGCGGGCCCAGCAGCCCACGGCGAAGGAAGCACGCCGGCAAAUCGAAGGCCCAGGCCGCAAAUGAUUGGCCACGAAGCAGUGAGCUGCGCUCCCGUGCCUCGCCUCGCUCGAAACGACAUGGGGAUAUAGACAUGGACAUUGUCGAGUCGCCCGACGACACUGACGACGCCCAACCGUCGUUGCCCAGGAAACAGCGACGCCGACGACGUUCGCAUCUUCCCAGCUCCACCCCGUCCGACACGGCCUCCGACGCGGCCUCCGACACCACUGCCCCGGCCAGGAGCACAGCCAAGAGCACGCGGCGGUCGCCUGACGGGAAAGGGCGCUCCAGGAGUAUGCGCGCGCCCAACGCUCCAGUGUCCAGGCGGGAAUCGGCGCCCACCCGUCGGCGCCCAACGUGCAUCAUCGAGGUAGAGGAUGAUGAUGAAGACGACAACGGUGCCGCGCCUUCGGGCCCGUCUCGGCCUGUCAGUCGCCAGACCAUCUCCCGCCACGACACCAGCCCCCGGUCCGCUCACCGCUAUCGGUCAACCCCCGAGUCCCGCCGCUCCCCGAGGACCUCCGUCUCCGGCUCGGAAGACGACACCGACGCCACCUCCGACUCGGCCGACGAGCAGGUUAUCCAACCCCGCGGCGACAAACCCCUCCCGCCAGCACCGAUGGCGCCCCCCCCUCCGUCCGCCGCUCGCCCGGCCUCUGCCCGAAACUCGGUCCAUGAACGCCUGAGCCGACGCCCGGAGAUGGUGUACGAAGAGGAAGGGGACGGUGCCUCGAGGUACGCCCCGUCUGUCGCCAGGCAUCGGUCGCUCUCCCGCGCUCCUUCUACUAGGCGCGACCACUAUCGGCGGCCCACCGACAUCAUCGUCUCCGGUCCCCCCAGCCUUGAUGAAACACGGUCCCGGUCGAGGUCCAAAAGUGCCAGGCCGUCGAGGAGGCAUUAUGAAUCCGACGUCUAUGUUCCUUCGAGACCCGCUUCGUCCUUCAAACGGCCCCAUGCAUCGUCAUCCUACAGCCUGAGCUCUUCCAAGCAUUCGACCUUUUUCGCCGAUCUUGCUGCGACCCCUACCCCCGUCCGCCCUCCACGCUUGGAGAACCUAGUCGAGCGCCCGAGGACAUGCGUCGCGAGGGGGGCCGUUGGCACGCCAGGUGUAGCCGCUGCAGAACCAAGGUUUGCGGCUCCUGCGGUGGGGUGUGGCACCGAGAGCCUGAAUGCCCGGGAGGCGAGGAGGCAAUCCAGGAACCGCGGCGGCGCUGUCGCCGCUGCAAGGCCGCGCCGUUGUGGAGCUGAAUUCUGCUUGCUGUGUGGAGACAAGUGGAAGACGUGUGCAUGCCCAUGGUAUAACGAGGACCCGUCCGGGGCCGGAGCGGCGCUUUCGCGGGCCCAUUCGUUUGACUCCCGCCCGGGCUCACCUCAUGACUUCCGCUCCGAUUUUGGACCCAACCUGGGUGCCACCGCUCGUCAGCGGCCAUCAAGCUACGAGGAGGACGUGCACCUGCGCCGGCUGUACGAGCAGCGCGACGAGCACCUCGCGCGCAAGAUGCAUUCCUUGGACGCAUUCGGGCAUCACGGCAGCCAUGCCGAUUUCGAUCAUCGAAACAGGCGAGAUUAUGAGUUGCACGAAGAUGUCCCUGGUCCCCGUGACCGCCGUCGCCGCGCCGAGCCCCGGAGUUAUGGCGCAUCGUUUGGGGAGGAUGACUACCACCGCCGAGCGGCGACUGUCGUCGCCCCGUCACCGCCGCAAGCACACCUUCCACCCGCGCCGCCGCCGCCUCGCUCAGCGUUCGAGCCACCACUGUCGCGUCCUGCGUUUGAUCGCUCGGAGCCUGGCUUUGACUAUGUCUCUGCCGCCCAACGACUUCGGGGAAUGCGCUACGCAUCUCCGGAGAGAUUUGACGAUUACCCGGCGGAGAGCUACCCACCCGAGAGACGCCGCGACCGCUCGCCCAGCCAGUGGCACCCCUUCACGCCGGAACGGCGGCCUCGGUCCCGGGACAGGCGGCAUACAUUCCCGUCUGAGUCGCGGCCUACAUCGCCCGAGACCUGGCAGCAGUUGCCCACUCGCUAUCCGUCGCCCGAGCGGCCCAUGCCGGCGCCAGAGGAGAGACGGCGCGUCCAUUCCGCUGAGAGGCUCCGGGCUCCGUCAUCCGAUAGGCGGCGGGCCACGUCGCUCGAGAGGCGUCUUGCCGACCGGUUCAAAGCCGAGAGCAGACAGAGCCCUGUUGCUCCAACUAGUCCGGUUGCUGCUGUUGGGCCGGCCGGCCCUUUCGGCCCAGCUGGCACCCUGGGUCCGUUGAGCCCCACUCGUGCGCCGCCACCCGUCACCCGGGCUGCUACGCACAUCGGCGUCGGCAUGCCCAUGGCGCCUGUUCCUCCUCCCGCUGUCCAUGGCCCGGUCCCCGUGGUGACCCAUCUACGAAGACACCACACCAUGGACGAAGACGUCUACGCCCCAGGCGGCAUGCACGGAGGCGCCAUCCCCCCCGACGACUGGUUCGGUGCUCCGCCCGCUCCCCACCCUCAUCCGCAUCCUCACGCUCACCCUCUCGUGCACCCCCACUCCCAUCCUCCUCCCGGGAUGGGCAUGAUGCAUCCGAUGCAUCACGACAUGCUGGACGUCAAUGCCAUCAACGCCGGCUCGCCUCGGGCGCCAAACGUGAAGCGGCGCCCGCCGCACGCACAUCGCGAGCACAGCAAGCUUGAGGAGCCCAAGUCGUCGGUGCUGGCCGGCCUGGCCGGCGUCGGCAGGGGCAUGCACCGCGUCUCCGAGUGGGUGCAUUACGUCGAGCCGGGCUUGCCCGAAGGCGAGCAGACCCCUACAGUGGUGCAAUAG